UACAAUCUAUUUAGUCGUUUUGUGGCGCUGCCAGUGAGCAGUCCACUGAUUCGAUAAACAAUAAACGAAUUUAAACAUUUUGAGGUUAUAAAAUAUUUUAAAAACAUGGCGAAAGUAUUAAGUCAAGAAUUACCGGAUAUUGAGAAUUUGCUAAGACUAAACCCUACCGUGAAGCCCUACACCAACCUGGUACCAUCAGCUCAGACUAAGAAGAAUAAACAGCAUUGGAAAAGAAAUGCCGAUCGCAAGUGCACGGCAUGUCCGUCAUUGGAGAAUAAUUUCGAAGACAUCAAACACACAACGCUGUCGGAGCGCGGGGCGUUGCGCGAGGCGGCGCGCUGCCUCAAGUGUGCGGACGCGCCUUGCCAGAAGUCCUGCCCAACACAGAUAGACGUCAAGAGCUUCAUUACUAGCAUCGCUAAUAGGAAUUACUACGGUGCAGCGAAAGCCAUUCUAUCGGACAAUCCGUUGGGGCUAACAUGCGGCAUGGUGUGCCCCACCAGCGACCUCUGUGUGGGCGGCUGCAACUUGCACGCCAGCGAGGAGGGCGCCAUCAAUAUUGGCGGCUUGCAACACUUCGCUGUUGACAUCUUUAUGAGGAUGGGUAUCCGCCAGACAUUGGACCCUAACACAAAGCCACUGCCGAAGGGUGGUGACCAGAAGAUAGCUCUGAUUGGAGGCGGUCCUGCCAGCAUUAGUUGCGCAUGCUUUCUGGCUAGACUUGGUUAUAAGAACCUUACUGUUUAUGAAAAAGAGAAAUACUUAGGAGGACUAAGUUCAUCGGAGAUACCACAGUAUCGUCUGCCCUAUGACGUGGUACAAUAUGAAGUGAGUCUCGUCAAAGACUUAGGAGUGAAGUUUGUGACAGGAAGGAAGCUUGCCACAGAUGAUAUAACUAUUGAUGGUCUUCUACAAAGCGGCCAUGCGGCGGUAUUCCUCGGUAUCGGCUUGCCAGAGCCGACAACCGUUCCGAUUUUCAAAGGUCUCACACAACAAAUGGGAUUUUAUACUAGCAAAGACUUUUUACCGUUGGUAUCACAAGGAAGCAAGAAAGGUAUGUGUGCGUGUGCGGCCAGUCUGCCGCAGCUGCAGGGCGCGGUGGUGGUGCUGGGCGCGGGCGACACGGCCUUCGACUGCGCCACGUCCGCGCUGCGCUGCGGCGCGAGGAGAGUCUUCGUCGCCUUCCGUAAAGGGUUUUCUAACAUACGCGCGGUACCUGAAGAGGUCGAUUUAGCGAAAGAAGAGAAAUGUGAAUUUAUGCCGUUCAUGUCUCCUCAAGAGGUGAUAGUCAAAGAUGGAAAGAUCGCAGGUUUAAAAAUGUGUCGCACUGAACAACUCGAGAAUGGUGACUGGAUUGAAGACAAAGAUCAAGUCAUACAACUGAAGGCUAACUUUAUUAUAUCUGCGUUUGGCUCAGGACUGUACGAUACCGAUGUAAAAGACGCAAUGUGUGGUGUGAAAUUGAACCGCUGGGGGUUACCUGAAGUCGACAGUAGCACAAUGCAGAGCGUCAGUAAUGCGAAAGUGUUCGUUGGCGGAGAUCUCGCCGGAGUGGCGGAGACCACAGUGGAAUCUGUUAAUGAUGGCAAGACCGCCGCCUGGUAUAUGCAUUGUUAUUUACAGGGUAUUCCAUUCGAUUCACCAGUGGAACUCCCCAAGUUCCACUGUCCUAUCGACGACGUAGAUCUGUCAGUGGAAGUCUGCGGCAUAAAGUUCGAGAACCCGUUCGGUCUGGCGAGCGCGCCGCCCACCACCAGCUCGGCGAUGAUCCGCCGCGCCUUCCAGCAGGGCUGGGGCUUCGCAGUUACUAAGACGUUCGGACUUGAUAAGGAUCUGGUGACCAACGUGUCCCCGCGAAUAGUCCGCGGCGUGACCUCGGGAGAGAACUACGGCCCGGGCCAAGGCUCCUUCCUUAAUAUUGAACUGAUCUCGGAGAAGUGCGAAGCUUACUGGUGUCAGAGUAUUGCAGAACUUAAAAGGGAUUUCCCUAAUAAAGUGGUGAUAGCGUCUAUAAUGUGCUCGUACCAGGAGGAGGACUGGCGGCAGCUGUCGCGGCGCGCGGCGGCGGCGGGCGCGGACGCGCUGGAGCUCAACCUGUCGUGUCCGCACGGCAUGGGCGAGUCGGGCAUGGGCCUGGCCUGCGGUCAGGAUCCAGUUCUCGUAAAAGGAAUUUCCCAAUGGGUCAGAAAAGCGAUUAAUAUUCCUUUCUUUAUCAAGUUAACUCCAAACAUCACGGAUAUUGUCAGCAUUGCAAUGGCGGCUUAUGAAGGUGGUGCGGAUGGAGUUUCAGCAAUCAACACCGUGUCUGGACUGAUGUCUGUUACCGCUAACGCCACGCCGUGGCCGGCUGUGGGCAGCACGAAGUCGACGACGUACGGCGGCGUGUCGGGCGGCGCGACGCGGCCGCUGGGGCUGCGCGCCGUGUCCGCCGUCGCCAACAAGCUGCCGGACUUCCCCAUACUGGGCAUCGGCGGCAUCGACUCCGCGGACUCCGCCUUGCAGUUCAUAUUGUGCGGAGCGCCCGUCGUACAGAUAUGCAGUGCGGUUCAGAACCAAGAUUUCACCGUGGUAGAGGACUACAUAACUGGUCUCAAAGCGUUGUUGUACUUGCGGUCGCUCGGCUUGGACGGAUGGACUGGCCAGUCGCCGCCCACCAACAAACACCAGAAAGGAAAGCCUGUGCAGACGCUCAUGGAUAAUGGAAAGGUGCUAGGUCACUUUGGACCUUACAAAAAGAAGCGAGAGGAGUUGCUUAAAACAAUCCGUCAAAAAUCAGACUUAACUAAUGGAGACGCAAAUUGCGAUUUGAUAUACAAUAAAAAUGGUACAACUGACGGUUAUGCGGUACCGAAAAUAAAAGAUAUUUUAGGCGAAGCUUUACCCAGGAUUGGUCCUUACAAGAAAUUGGAUAAUACCAAACAAGUUGUCGCUCUUAUUGAUGAUGACAUGUGCAUAAACUGUGGAAAAUGUUAUAUGGCGUGUGCGGACUCUGGAUAUCAAGCUAUUGAUUUCGACCCAGAGACCCACAUUCCACACGUGACGGACGACUGCACUGGCUGCACACUGUGUCUCUCUGUCUGCCCCAUUAUAGAUUGCAUUACAAUGGUGCCUAAAAAUAUUCCACACAUAAUCAAAAGAGGACUCGGCUAUCAGGUUCAUCCAGUAACACCAUUAGAUGCCGUAUGUCAAUGAGAAAAACAAACAAAUCGAUAAGAAAUUGUAAAAAAAUAUAUUAAAAAAAUAAAUUGUAUAUAUCUAAUCAACA